AUGUUCGGAAAUCGCUUUUUUGCGCUGCUGGCCUCUCUUGCUGUGGUGCGCGCGGCCACGUACAACGUGACGCUGGGUACUGGAGGGCAUGCGGUAGCGAGCACGCUCUAUGGGAUGAUGAUAUCAGUCAUGUACGUCACAUUUCUAGUAUUUGCUUACCGCUGCGAGAUUCUCAACGCUAUGGAUCAGAGCGGGGACGGCGGGUUGUAUGCAGAGCUGCUCCAGAACCGGGCGUUCCAGCAAGUCACACCUGGCUCUGCGGCUUCGCUGACUGCCUGGGCCGGGCUGAACAACGACUCCCAGAUUGUCGUGGUCGCACCGGACGUGCCGGUCUCGAGCGCGCUUCCAAACGCUCUGGCGCUGACCACCACCUCCGGAACGACCUCGGCCGUCGGGAUCACCAACUCAGGAUACUUCGGCAUUAACGUCCAGAAAAACUGGACAUACCAUGGAUCGUUUUACUUCCGCUUCCCAUCCGCACCGAGCACACCCGUCAAAGGUGUCUUUACGGUCGGGUUCCUCGACUCGACGGGCAACGCCGUCGCGAAGUCAACACACGCUUUUACCUCCUCCUCGAACUGGCAGCAGAUCACGUUCUGGUUCACCCCGUCCUCAACGCCGAGCGGGUCUGGGAACCUGUUUUACGUGCAGCUCCCCGGCGCAGCUGUCGCCAGCGGCGGAGGCACGGUGCAGUUCGGGAUGCUUUCUUGUUUCCCGCCGACGUUCAAGAACCGGGUGAAUGGCAUGCGCAUGGAUAUCAGCAAUGCGCUGAAGGCGAUGAAUCCGUCGUUCUUCCGCUUCCCCGGUGGAAAUAACCUUGAAGGACAGACUGCGUCCGAUCGGUGGAUCUGGAGCAACACGGUCGGCAAUGUCGAGGACCGGCCCGGCCGUAACGGUGACUGGGGAUAUCCUAACACUGACGGGCUGGGAUUGUACGAGUAUCUCCUCUGGAUAGAGGAUAUGGGAAUCGAGCCGAUUAUGGCGGUUUGGGCCGGAUUCACACUCGAUGGGACCGCGCUCCCUGCCUCGGCCCUAGGCCCUUACAUCCAAGAAGCAAUCAAUCAGAUUGAGUUUGCUAUCGGAGACGCGUCGACGAAUCAAUACGCGGCCAUCCGUGCGAGCAUGGGCCACCCCGCUCCGUUUGCGUUGACGUACAUCGAGAUCGGCAACGAAGACUUUUUCGAUCCGGCGACGUACGACGGCUACCGUUGGACUGCAUUCUACAACGCGCUGAACGCCCAGUUCCCCAAACUCAAAUACAUCGCCACCAGCGCGACGAGCGGUAGUGUCCCGGCAGUGACAGGAUCGUCUCCCCAGUACUGGGAUCUGCACGAGUACAAUAACCCCAACUUCUUUACUUUCGGAUCUUAUAACUUCGACUACCUACUCCGCAACGGGCUGCAGUUUUUCCAGGGCGAGUACGCUGUGACGACGAUGAACAACGGGGUGGGAGUCCCAUAUCCGUUCAUCGACGGCUCUAUCGCGGAGGCUGCUUAUAUGACCGGGUUUGAUCGAAACAGCGACAUCGUCUUCGCUGCGGCCUAUGCUCCGCUGCUGAAUCACGUUUCAAGCACACAGUGGACACCCAAUCUCAUCACCCACACGCCGAACUCUUUGAUCCUGUCCACCUCGUAUUACGUGCAGCAGAUGUUCGGGCUAUACACUGGCGACACGUACCUGAACUCAACCACCAACGUCGCGGCUACUCCCGUCCAGUGGAGUGUCACCAAGAACACUAAAGCCAAUCUGCUCUAUCUCAAGGCGGUGAACACGGGCACCAGCGCAAAUACAAUCGUGUUCAACUUGCCCUCAAGCUUUACGAUCUUGUCCACUGCGGGGACUGGAACAGUGCUGACUGCACCUUCGGGCACAAUGAACACGCCAGCGAGCCCGAGUGCGGCUGUGCCUAAGACCUUCACGUUCACUGCUGGGAAAUCCAUUUCGUACGACACCCCGGCGCUGAGUGCGAGUGUUUUGAUUGUCAAGGCCCGAUAGACUCGUCGACUGUACGAUGUAUUAUAUACCUGUGCGAUACUGUUCACUGAUCAUGUGACUGUGGAAAGAAUUUCGGGUAUCUCCGAUGCUCCUCGUCCCUGACGUAUGUCAAUCUUGGCCCUGAUGCAUGCAGAUGCACUUGAGUCCACAGACCCCCUUCACCCGCUCUCAUCAUGCCCAUCUCAUUCAAAGUCGCUGAUCAUCCCACGGAGAGUGUCAAUGGUGAAUCGCUUGUGGGACCAUCUGCCGCCGACAUCCUGCACGAUAUCACCGGCAAGAGGAAGGAGAGCCAGGUGAAGGAGCUGUUCCAGUACGGGCUUAGUGGUACCCCAUCUUCCUCCUCCCGUGACCUCACCGCCGCGCACCUCACGCUAAUCCCGGCGACCAACGGCUUCGUCGGCAGCGUCAUGCGUGCUUACAACGACCACCACGCGCUCGUCCUGCGCCCAGACGACGUCUGGCUCGCUGUCCUCUCGCAGUUCAGCUUCUUCGUUUCUGGACGCUCGGAGGCCCUGCGCGCGGCGUUCGUGCCACACGAGGACCGCAAGCCGCUCGUCGUGCGGUGUGUGGGGUCGCGGCACACUGUCGACUUCGCGCGUCUCGCGCGGCAGAUGGUCGACGCCAUCGACGAGUGUGUCGUAGAUCCGGCUCUGCGCGCGUGGAUGAUGCCGGCGUUCUCGACGACCACGGACACGGACCGGACGGUUGCCGCGGUGCUGGGGAUGGCGACGCUUAAGGACUACUUCACGUACGAGUUCUACUUGACGAGGUGUGGAAUCCCGCGUGUAACGCUCGAGGGGGAGAAAGCGGAUUGGGAGGAGAUGCUGCGCCGGGUGGAGAAGCUGAAGGAGUACGGGGUGGAAGCCAUCGCGUGGUACCACCUACUGCGGCCGGUCUUGGCGCGAUUCGCGGCUGCUUUUGACGAUCCGGAGAGCCAAGACAAUGUCCUGUUCUGGGAGAACGUCGCAAGUCGGCUCCGCCUCGGAAGCGGUGUCCGGUACUAUGACGGCUGGAUCAACGCGUUUUGUGUCUUCGACCAGAAGGGAAACUGGAAUGGCGCCCCUUUGGCUCUGGAUGUCACCAGCGUGCACUCUCCGGACUUGCUCUCCGCGAAAGACUUCUGGGCGACGUAUGGCUGUGCGCCCACUCGCUCGACCCAGCCUCUCGUGCUUGACGACACCCCCUACCAUGCCGUCAAUACGAAUCUCGUCCCCCUCGGCUACGCACGGGUCGAUGUAAAGGUCAGCGAGGAGGACAGGCUGCGAGAGUACGACUGCGAGAUGGUGGCGGGGGUCGUUGCUACACGGGUCAGUGGGACGGCGAACGAGAUGGUGAGUCCAGUGGGAGGGUGGUGGCUCUACGAGAAGGCUUGAGAUUCUUUCUUGAACUGCCCGCCGUCCCACUGCGAAUUCUGGUAUCAGGGGAGGGACCAUCUUCGGACAGUACGACUCACAUGCAAUGCAUCUGUCCUCUCUCGCCAAUUCGCUCCGAAAUCUAAACAUCGUUUCCUGGGGUCAAAUGCCGCACGCUGUGUCCCUCCAGUGUCGAGUCUAUCCUCCAAAGAUUUCAUCGCCGAGACUGCUUCGAAUUGAAUCGGAAGAAACGCAUCAAAGUCGGGAGGCAUGCUCACUGCAAUGCAGCAUGCACUUCUUUCCUGCAUGACGUCGACAAUCACGCAAUGGCUAAAAGUACUUUGAGAACUAGCAUCGCCUUACAAGAAAGGCAGUCCCAUUGAUGUGUUGCAGUGUUGAGUGAUCAUGUGCAUCCUGUAUAACGCAACAUGGAACAUGCAAUGAGGCAUAGAGCUCUGUGGCAAAACAAUUGCUGUGUCUUAAAAAAAAUGGAUGUGGGACCACUUGCAGACUUGUGCGGGCAAGGGCCCGCCAUUGUCUUGAACGAUUUUGAUGGAAUAUUUCGGUGCAUCCACGCGCAGACCACUUUGAUCAAUGCCAUGUCAU